GUUUCAUUUAUUGUCAUUUACAAGCGAAUAUCCAACACUUGCACACUUAAUGUGCUAAUCUGACCACAUUUAGAAGGACAGCUUUAAAACGCCAGUUAAAAAACGUACUUUCCCUUCAGUUAUAACUUUUGAAUCCUUCGUCCUGAAAAUAAAUUUAGUUCACCUGUUUUAUGUUCUCAAGCUAACCUUACAUCAAGUCCAUUACGGUAACAGUAUCGCACAUUUUGAAAUGUACAAUAUUUUGAUCGUUUUUGCUAAUUAUCUUUUAAACUGUGUCCAAUUCGAAAUUUGGCUCAGAUGACCGUUAGACUGAACCAACUGAGAUGACUCUUUUCAAAAGAUACAGCAGGCUAACGCAAAGUUGACCUGAAAUUGAAUUAAAUGCUGUAUUUCGGUAACACUUACAAUUGGAUCAAUUUCCAGUAGGCUACAAUUUGUUUUUAAAUGUAUAUAAAAUAUCAAUAUAUUUUCAUUGUUUUUACUUGCCCACACAAAAUUAGGUACAAAACAUUGAUAUGUUCUGAAGGUGCCUGACGACUUUAAAUGUUUUCUACCAAAAUGCUUAUGUUUUCUCGCUGUAUUUGUAGCUUAUUCCGAUUCUGUUCAUUCUCAACCGUUCCUCACAAUUAAAAUUAUCUUCAAAGUCUAAAUAGCGGAUUAUGCCUUUAUAGUAGAGUUCAGCUGUCCAGGAAUUGCUAAUGACUUAUGUAAUAUCAGGGCCGUGUGCGGUCCACAAGGCGAGGAUGCGUGAGCUCUCAGAUUAGCCGUGGCUCCUGUCCCUGGCCUCACACCAGUUCAUUAGACAUGUAAGUGCAUUACCAUAAUCCCAAGGGUUGCGGUGAACCCCUCUGAGAAGUCAGUCCAUCCUAAACACAGAUGAAUGAGGAAGAGCUGAGGAAGUCUGUGAGGGUAAUGGUGUUUUACAAAGCUGGUUUUAGGUCUCCUGUCUGUUUAGUCUGUUUAUAACUAACAUCAUGUCUAGAGCGGUCACUUUCUGGAUGGUUCUGCUGCUAUACGCAGCCUCGGGGGUCCGCAGUGAAGAGAACAUCGAUGGAUGCGAUACGAACCCGUGCAUGAACGGCGGCGCGUGCGAGAACCAGGACGGACAAUACAAAUGUCACUGCUCCCAAACGAGCUACAACGGACAGCUCUACGGAGGGCCGUCCUGCUCGGUGGCGCUCCUGGGCUGUGAACGCCACUGGUGCCAGAACGGUGCCGCUUGCUCUCCGUACCUGGACGAAGGACGGCAUCGAUACAGCUGCGUCUGCCCCGAGGGCUUCACCGGAACGAAAUGCCAGACGUCCACCGCCUUCUCUUUCGAAGAGAGAGGAUUCGUGCAGGUCCAAACCAACCUCACCGAUGCUCUGGACCCUUUGAACGUCACGCUGAGCUUCCGCACGCUGCAGGCGGCCGCCGUUCUGCUCCAGUGCCGAGUCGAAGAUCAGCUUCUCACGCUGGAGUUAGCGGACGGAAGGCUGCGCCAUUCGUCUCAGAGAGCGACGCAAGCUGAAAGCGUUCUUGUAGAGCUCCCGCCGAUCGUUUCUGACGGCCUUUGGCACACGGUCAAGGCCUGGCUGGGCAACAACAUGCUCGGGCUGAGUCUUACAGACCCGUCUUGCCCGCAGGACACGUGUCACGCGGAAGUACAGAUCGAACAAGCGGAGGCCGAACUGGGUUCAGGUCUGUCUGAGCUGGCUGCGAUCCAGGAUCUCUACAUAGGUGGAAGAGGAGAGCAAGAGUCCGCCUCGGGCUUUUUGGGGUGUAUGAGGGACGUGUGGGUGCAUUCACGCAUGGUGGUGCCCGGAUUGGGGCUGAGGACUCCCGCUACGCAAUUUAAUGUGAAACAGGGCUGCAGUGACUGGGACCGCUGCAAGGAAAACCCGUGCCAGAACAGAGGCAGAUGUGUCAAGUCUGGAUGGAGGAGCUUCAGCUGCGAAUGCCAUCGGCCUUAUGAGGGCGAGCACUGUUUAGAUGAGUACGUGACCGCUCGCUUUGGGAGUGAAGAUGUGGAGAGCUUGGCUGUGUUCUCGGUGGAAGACAGUCCAGGCGACACCAACACCGUGUCCAUGUUCGUCCGCACGCGCCGCUCACGGGGCUCGCUCCUGGUCCUCUCCAACUCCACCAGUCACUAUCUGCGUGUGUGGUUAGAGGAUGGGAAGGUCAAAGUUCAGAUCAACAACUUUGAAAGCCUUGCAGGCGGUGAAACGGUGAGCGACGGUCACUUCCACCUGGUAACAGUCGUCGUGGAGCCGGGAUCUCUGUCCCUCUUCGUGUCAGCUAAGAGCCAGGGCCGCGUCCCCGUCCGCCGCGUGCUGGUCCAGGCUGGAGAUGUGGUGUAUGUGGGGGGUUUACCCGAUCGCCGCGCGUCGCUGGCCUUCGGCGGAUACUUUAAAGGCUGCAUCCAAGACCUCCGUGUGAACAACAGACGCCUGCAGUUCUUUCCCAUCGGCGUCCCGGUGAGCUCCUACCGGCUCCAGAGCUCAACCAAAGUCAGCCGCGGAUGCACGGGCGACGACUCCUGCAGCAGUAAUCCCUGCUUGAAUGGAGGAGUGUGUUACUCCAUGUGGGACGAUUUCACGUGCAGCUGCCCACCCAAUACAGCGGGACAGCGCUGCGAGGAGGUCAGGUGGUGUGAGCUGUCCCCGUGUCCGUCCGCUGCAGCCUGUCAGGCCCACGCUCAGGGCUUCGAAUGUUUGGUCAAUGUCAGCCUUCGGAGCGACAGUCACAUUAUCACAUAUCGCAGCAAUGGAAAAAUACGCCGAUACCUCAGCAGCAUUUCAAUGCAUUUCCGUACCAGGCAGCAGAAUGCGACUCUACUGCAUGCUGAGCGCGAUUCUCAGUUCAUUACCAUUUCCAUCCACGAUGGGCGCAUAGUUCUAGAGCUGCAGGGAGAAAAACAAACCUCUUAUGUAUAUAUACACAGCCUGGACCUGGUGAAUGAUGGUCACUGGCACAGGGCAGACUUCAGCAUGGCCAGCCCGGUCCUCCAGUCGUCCAGAUGGAGAAUAGUUCUGGAUGAGCACUGGGAGAAACCGUCCAUCUCCUUCACAGCCUCGGGAGACCUGGAUUUCCUCAGAGAAGAUGUGGACAUCAUCUUAGGAGGCUUGGGGCCUGAUUCAGAGGGAAACUUCGCUGGCUGUCUCGGCUCGGUGGAGAUCGGAGGCCUUGCGUUGCCGUAUUACAGCGACAUGGAGAUGAACCAGCCCAGACCCCAGGAAGAGCAGUUUCUGAGGACUUCUGGGACUCCCUACUUCGGCUGCUGGGGAUCGAAUGUCUGUGAGCCUGACCCUUGCAAGAACGGAGGGGAUUGUGAAGAUCUGUUCGACCUUUUCAAGUGUCAUUGCCCAUCGCAUUGGGCUGGCCGGCGUUGUGAAGUCACUGUAGAUGACUGUUCCUCAAACCCAUGUGUUCACGGAGCCUGCAGAGCGAUCUCAGCUGGAUACGAGUGCUUCUGUGAUGCAGGCUUCACCGGCCGGCGCUGCGAAACAGAGGUGGAUGUAUGCGCACACCACAAGUGCAGCAAUGGUGGAACGUGCCUGAGAGGAUUGAAACGCUACUCAUGUCUCUGUCCAAGAAACACAACGGGUCCUUUCUGCAGGGAGAGAGUUCCAGAACUUCCAUGGUAUAUCGACAGGUUUCCAUUCCCUAAACUCCCUGUGUCUUUCUGCGGGAAUGAGAGAUGGAACUACAGUUGUUUCAAUGGUGGCAAUUGCUCUUCUGUAGAAGAUAACUGCGACUGUCUUCCAGGAUUCGCAGGACAGUGGUGCGAGCUGGAGCUAGAUGAAUGCGCAUCUGACCCCUGCCUUAACGGAGGCUUCUGCCGUAACCUGAUCAACAGGUUCCAGUGUGUGUGCGAGAUGAGCUUCGCAGGCGAUCACUGUCAGAUCGACGUCAGCGACUUCUACGUCUACGUCUUCCUGCUCCUGUGGCAGAACAUCUUCCAGCUGUUGUCGUACCUCAUUUUGCGUUUAGACGACGAUCCGGAGAUUGAGUGGAACGCAGCCAAUGAUGACUAGGACUAAAAAAGCCUUCCUUCUCAGACGCCCCGAGGAAGACGCGGGCUGAUGUCGAAAGGACACAAUAGGCAAAGGACUUUAGAUAUUAUUAAAAGGUCAUUAUGGGAUGGCGCAAUUUUUGGACAAAAUCUCGUUCAGGAAACAUUCAAUGAGAAAACCAAUAUGAGAUCGGUUGUUUGCUAACGGAGCACUGUAACAGCUUCUGAACAAUAAUUCAUUUUAGAAUAAUACUGAUAUAAAAAUCUGCACAUAUUGACAGUGAAAGGCUUUACGUGUGCCUUCCUUUUUCUCAUUAAUGUCUAUUUUUGAAAACAUUGUCAAAAUGUUUCUCAUAACUUCUCAAAGUAAUAUGUAUGAAGGCCAAUGUUAUAACAGACUGUCAUAUUCUAACGGUAAGAAAAGCAGCUUAAUAUGCAUGUGAUGUCACAUCAUUAUUACUUUCUUUUUUCUGUCAAUAUUUAAUCCUGGACUUUUAUACCUCAGCGAUCGAGUGACUGCCCCGCUUUUCAUUAUUUUCAAACCCGCAUUGCAGAUUUCUUUUGCAAAUCUUUAAACCGUUCACCAAAAUUAGAGCACUGAAACAAAUAUAUUUUUAAAUAAAUAUUUUUGAAGCAAAAAUACGAUGAUAUAUUUUUGUAUCCAGCAUCUGUGUAUAUUAUAGUUUGUUUCAAACUGAACGAACGAAACCUAAAUGAAUUUUGUCUUGCUGCUGAGAUGCGGAAUAUCACGGAAAUAAAGUUAUUAAGGUAAA